GCCGGGCGUUAAUCACUCAGAAAAGUAUUAUUCUAUUAUUAUAUUUUCCAAUAAAAUAUAUCGACAAAUUUGAAAGUUAUCAUAUAAAUUAUGAAAGAUAAAAUCUAAAUUACAUUUAAUAGGAUUGGUAGAAAUUAGUUUAUUUCUGAUUGUGCUGUGAAUUUAGUUUUUCUGCAUCAUGGAAACGGUUGACAACUGCAGUCAAGAAAAAAAGGCGAAAUGGAACGAAAGAAAACAUUUCUUGAGACAGAUCCUGAUCAGCAGUGGAGGAUGGUCGACCUACUUCAUCAUGGGUAUCUCAUUCGGAGCUCCCACAGUGUUCAUACCUCAGCUCAGGAACGAGGCUAAUUCUGCAACAGCUAUCAGUGAAGAAACUGCAUCUUGGAUACCGGCCAUCAUCGUAUACGCAGGGCUGCCCUGGUCCUUCAUAUUUCCAAUCCUCAUGAAGUACAUCGGGCGGAAAUACUCCUUUGGUUUCGUCUGCCUCAGCAAUGUAGUCACUUUCAUACUCUUUUACUUCAGUACGUCUGUUAAUCAUAUCAUCGUCAGUGAACUGAUUAAUGGCAUUAAUACUGGAUCACACUUCACGGUUUCAGUAAUGAUCAUAACUGAAUACGCAUCACCGAAGAAUAGAGGAUUCUUCCUAACAAUGAAAUCUGCUACGCUUUUUUGGGGAAUCCUCCUAUCAAAUGCGGUUGGAACAUUUUUCCAUUGGAGAAAUAUAGGACUGGUUGGACUGGUCGUCAGUAUCUACAGUCUCCUCAUAGCGUUCAUAAUGCCUGAAUCCCCAUUUUGGCUAGCCUCUAAACAACGUUAUGAACAGUGUGCGAUAUCCCAUCGAUUUAUCUUGGGAAAAGACAAGGAGGCAGAAAUAGCUUUAGAAAAAUUGAUAAACUAUCAAAUGGCUGUGCAUUCGAAUACGAAACCAAAAGAUUUCAAAUUGAAAGCAUUUUUAGCUUAUUACUUGAAUGUAGUGUCCUCAAAACCUUUUUAUAAGCCAUACAUUUUAAGUUUUUGCGUGCAGUGUUUGUAUGUAUUUUCCGGUAAAGUUGUGUUUAGUGUAUACGCUAUUGACAUAAUAAGUAAAAUAACUGCUGGUCAUAAAAUGUCGCCUUAUACGGCCAUGUUAAUAUUAGACGCUGUUUCAGUAUUAUGUAUGUACAUAGGAUGUGGAAUUGUCAAAUUAGUUACAAGAAGGAAAUUAUUAAUAAGCACCUGCAUGGCUGGAAUAUCGUUCCUUUUAUCGAUGUCGGUCUAUGCAUUUCUAAUUAAAUUAAAAGUUAUGGAAGAGAAUAAUUAUUUAGCAUUGACAAUGCUGAUUGGUUAUUCGAUUUCAAUUUGCUUAGGACCUGUAAUAUUAACACAGACUAUUGUUGGGGAGUUGGUGCCUAUAGAAAAUAGAGGACUUGCGUCAUGUUGUAUAGAUGUGUCUACUAAAACUCUUUUAGGCACUGUAGUUAAAAUAUCACCAUUCAUUUUUAGGGUAGCAGGUACUCACGGUGCGUUCUUGUUUUAUGGGGCGUCUACUUCAAUAUUUUUAAGUCUUUUGUACAAAUUUUUGCCUGAAACUAAAGAUAAAACUUUACAAGAAAUAGCUGAGACGAUGGUUGGUAAGAAACAAGAUGCUGUGUCACAUGAAGCAGCACUAUUUAUACCAGACGCUAAAGCAUAGGUUUUUAACAAAUUUAAGUACAUAUAGUUAAGAAUUCAAAUAGAAAAAUGUAUUAAAUUUUGUUUCUAUGAAACAGUAUAAGCUGGAAUAUACUAGGUGACAUUCCAAGCCCAUGCCGGCGGACUACUAGUAAAAUUAACAAUGAA